AUGAUUUCUAUCUUCCUUUUUCUAGCAUCUGCUAUAAAUCAUGUUAAUAUGGUGGAUGAUAGAGAUUUAAGAAAGUCCAAAAAACAAAAUGAUGUUACUGUUGUCCUCUUUGUUCAUGAAGAUGAGGAAUAUUUUUGGCAAUACUGUGAAGUAUUCUCUCAUGCCGUUGAAACAGGUGCUAAUGCUAAAUUUGUAAUAGCAACAGAUCAAAUUGCUCCAAAAUACUACGAUAGAUAUCAUAUUAACGAACCACGAAUAAUGAUUUUUGUAAAUAGCUCUGUUAUGUUCACUUCUCUAGCUCCAUUAGUUGCAGAUGAUUUUAUAAAUCUAUUGUCUGCAGCAUUACUUCAAGAAAUUACAACUGUUGAAACUGAAAUCGAUUUUCAUAAGCAUUUCAACAAUUUCAACAAUACAAUCAUUUACACAAGCGAAAAUUCUGAUAAAGCAUAUGAAUUAUAUUUAUCUGAGUCCACGCAAUACGGAAUUCUUGCACUUUGCGAAGUUCCAAAAUCAUUUUUCGAAACUCUCCACUUUGAUCCAAAGCAAUUCAUUGUUUACCACAAAAAUGAGAACAACUUCCUACAAUUCGACGGAUCUGCUAUCGAAUUUCGUAGAGUUUCUUCAGAUUUAGUAAAUUACGAAAUUGAUCGCAACACAAUGAUUCUAGGCAACAGAUUAAUUGUCACUGCGAUCUACGAUGGGGAUUCCAGACCAGAUAUUCCAUUCCUUUCCAUUGCUAAGAGAGAAAACUCUCCACUUUAUGGAUAUCUUUCAAAAGAUUCUCUUUCCUUGGUUGAAAAUCUCCUUGAACACGUUGAAACACCCAAGCCAUUUAUCACCAUCCUAAACUACACCGGAUUCUACAUCACGGAGCCUCUCACAGAUCUCUCUGAAGCAGGAAUCGAAAACUACAUCAAAAACGAAAAGAUUCCAAAAAUCUACGCUUCGGAAGAAGCCACGAAAGAGGAUUUGUUUAAACUUGUCGGCACCAACUACGAGGAGAAGAUCAGAGACGACAAGAAGAACACAUUAGUUUUCUACACGAAUUCGAAGACACUCAACAUUUCUCUUCCGAAAAUUGAGAAAUUCAUAAAUUAUACCAAGGAGAAUAAGAUUGAUUUGCGAGUUUUCUACAUCAAUUACGACAAGAACAGCCGCCCCUAUGGCUUCCCAGAGCUCGUCGGCAUCCCGCACAUUGAGUUCUUCCCUUCAAAGAACCACAGAAACUCAGUCCCUGUUGUUUCCUCCUGCUCUGUCUACUCUCUGAUGAAGUUCCUCGAGAAGUACAUGAAAGUGAAGGCUCCAGUGGAAUUGAUGGACCCAGAGGAGGAGAGGGAGUUCAUCAUAGCAGUGCUUCUUUUGAUGAAAGUCGAAGAGAAGAGUAAGCCAAAGGAACUGUUCGAGAAGUACGUCACUGAAAUUGGAAAGUUGGCAAAUCUAGGAAAGAAUUUCGAAGAAAUUGCAAAUAAUGUUCUUCAGGACACAAUCGGAGAGUUGGAGAAUCCACUGAAGGCAAAACCCGUGAAGAGUGAAGACGAGGAAUUUGAUGACUACUUCUAUUACGAUGAGGAAGAUGUUCCUGAAAUCAAACCAAAGUCAAAAAUUACAAAUGAGGAAUUAUAA